AUGGUAUUAUGUACACCCAACCUCACGUUCACUCUCUACCGCCCUUUUGGCUACCGGCAAAUGUUCACGGCCAACGCAGCCAAUGUCCAACAUAUGCUCAAAACCCACUUCUCUAACUACCGCAAAGGAGAUGUUUUCCGAAAAACAUUGAAAGAUUUUCUUGGCGAUGGCAUAUUCAAUGCUGAUGGUGACAAUUGGAAAUUUCAACGACAAGUUUCGAGCCAUGAAUUCAACACCAGAUCUCUGCGUAAUUUCGUUGAAACUGUAGUUGAUUCUGAGCUAGCCGAUCGCCUAAUACCGAUUCUCAAAAAUGCUGCAGCUAACAAAAUUGUGCUGGACUUUCAAGAUAUACUCCAAAGAUUUGCCUUUGAUAACGUUUGCAAGAUUGCUUUCGGGUAUGAUCCUGCAUAUUUGUUACCAUCACUUCCGCAGGAAAGGUUUGCUGUUGCGUUUGGAAGUGCUGUUACACUCAUCAGCGAAAGAUUCAACUCAAACAUCCCUUUCAUAUGGAAAAUCAAAAGGGCUCUUAACGUAGGAUCUGAAAAGCAGUUGAAGAUUGUUGUAAACGAAGUCCGCGAAUUUGCAAAAUCAAUAAUCAAAGAGAAGAAACACGAACUUCAAGAAAAUACCUCCAAAGAAUCUGUUGAUCUUCUGUCCAGAUUCUUGAGUUCUGGCCAUUCUGAUGAAGAUUUUGUUACUGAUAUAGUGAUAAGUUUUAUACUAGCUGGCCGUGACACUACUUCUGCUGCAUUAACAUGGUUUUUCUGGUUGCUUUACAAUAAUCCAGAAGUGGAAAUUGAGAUUCUGAAAGAGAUUAAAGAAACAUCAGAAGGAACAGUUUAUGAGGAAGUGAAGGAUAUGGUUUAUAUUCACGCUUCGCUUUGCGAAAGCAUGAGAUUAUAUCCACCAGUCCCUGUGGACACAAAAUCAGCAGUGAAUCAUGAUGUUUUACCAGAUGGGACUGUGGUGAAGAAGGGUACAAGAAUAAGCUAUCAUCCCUACGCAAUGGGGAGGGUUGUGAAAGUGUGGGGGUCUGACUGGAAGGAUUUCCGCCCCAGAAGGUGGCUAGAGGCGGCAGAGGAAGCUGCUGGAAAAUGGAGAUUUGUGGGCAAGGAUAGCUUUACAUAA